AUGUGUUCCGAACACCCUUUAGCCGUCAAGUGGCAAAGCAAGAUAAUAGCGAUGGUAUCACUUAACAAAAGGUGCACAUUUCAAGUCGGUGAAAACCCUGCUGACGAGAGAACUUUAACUCUCUCUUCUGCCUCUAAUGGAGGCUACUAUAUUUCUUUAAGGCCUUUCGUCGAGCCAAAAGGCUCCGAGAGCGAACUUCCAUAUGAGUGGGCAUUCGCUGGGUCCCCAAAGAGCCUUGAGGCGAAAAAAGUCGACGAAUUGAGAGAUGACAUUAACUUCAACUUCGACUUCGACACCAAUGUCCACUUGAAUGCAGAAAACACACACAGAGGCGUGGUUGAGACGCACUGGAAGAAAUGGGAGAGCGGCCUCGUCGAGGAAAGGGGACAAGUGUUUCCUUUUGGCCCUGACAAGCAAGCCGUGAGCUUUUUCGAGCUAUGGCAGCCCAUUGACGCCACCAGAGACGAAUUCGUCCACAUCAGUGAGAAGUCCGUAGACCAAAGCGCAGCGCGCUCUGUCGUUUUGGCUCUGGACGACGACAACUACAGAGGUUUGGUGAUCACCGUCGGCAAGUGGACUCAAGGAAUUCUCUUCAAAAAGGCCGAGCACACCGCCAAGGGCAUCAAUUUUCUGAGAGCUUGCGAGUCUGCUGACGGGAAAAUCACCACCCUGUUGAAAUAUGGUGUUGACUUUGAUAGAUUCCCUAGCACUUUCGUUGGCCAGAAGGACGCCGAGCUGCAAGGCGCGGCUGGUGCAUUCUGGAAGGUUGUGGAAUCUAACCUUUAA